AUGCCUCACUCAGCCGCCAUCCAACCCGCGGCCAAGGCGCCGCUGGAGGUUCAAGAGGUCGAGACCUCCCAGCCCGGCCCCCACGAGCUCCUCAUCAAGAACGAACUCAUCGCGCUCGUCCCCAUCGACGCGAAACUGGCCAAGCUGGCCGUCUUCCCCCUCCAGUACCCGGUCAUUCUCGGCUCCUCCUACGGCGGCACCGUGUCGGCCGUCGGCAGCGAGGUCACCGGCUUCAAGGUCGGCGACAGGGUCGCAGCCGCGCGCACCGGCGGCGAGUUCGGCAACAAGCUCGGCGCCUUCCAGAAGUACGUCAUCGCCCGGGACGUGACGGCGAGCAAGCUGCCGGACAACGCCGACCUGCACGUCCCCGUCGGCCUGCUCGGCAACUUCAGCACCAUCGUCGGCCUCUUCAACGUGCACCUCGGCCUCGACAGGCCCGACCCCGUCAACAAGGUGCCGUCCAAGGGCAAGAAGAUCCUGGUCUACGGCGGCACGUCGAGCUUCGGCAGCUUCGCGACGCAGUACCUCACCCAGGCCGGGUACGAUGUCGUCACCACGACGUCCCCGAAGCACAAGGACUUCGUCGCCAAGCUGGGUGCCGUCCACGUCGUCGACCACACCCGGCCGCAGGAGGCGGUCGUGAAGGACCUGGUCGCGCAGGGUCCCUACGACUACGUCGUCGACUCCAUCUCCCUGAAGCCCACGUUCGACAUCACGGCCCAGGUCGUCGCGGCGCAGGGCGGCGGGAAGAUUUACGCGCUGCUGCCCCCCUCCGACCCUUCGGGCUUCCCCGAGGGCGUGGUCCCCGAGUUCGGAUCCUGGUCGGUGUCGCUGAUCCAGGACGAGAAGAACGCCGAACUGCUGAGGUGGGCGUACGGGACUUACUUCACCCAGGCCGUUUCCAACAACAAGAUCCUCGGGCUUCCAUCACAGAAGAUCGAUGGCGGGCUGGGCGGGCUGAACGAGGCGAUUGAGGUGCUCUUCAAGGGAGUCAGUGGUCUGAAGGUCGUCAUUGAGCCAUAG